AUGGGUGCGCAAACAGGCCAGUGGUCCGGAGGCGCAGCAGGCAGUGCACCUCACGAGGACCGGCCUGGCUUGGCUUCUGAAGCAAAGAGCAUGGCCAUCUUGUCUGCCCUCAAAGACCUCGAUCCGGUGUACGUUAGUCAGGACAGUAUCUCGAGCUCAGACGAGGCCAGCGAGCUCAACUGCCUGAGGGCCUCGUUGGCCCAAGAGAGAGCGGCUCGCGUGGCCAUGGAGGAGCUCGUGACAAAGCUCGACUUGGAGGUGCAGGAGUUGCGGCAGCAGCUCUUUGCCGAAAGAACCGAGAUGGAGGCAAUCCUUCUGGCAUCGGAUGUGGAGAAGGAGGUCAUCGCAAGCAAUUGGCAGGUCAUCGCAAAUCGCAAUUGGCAGCUCGAAGCGAAGGUGGCGGCGCGCAACCGGAAGGUUCAGCAGAAGCAAAGAGCUCGCCAAAAAGAGGCUUGGCAAUAUCGCCAGACCCAUGACCAACCUCCAGCUGCGUGGCUUAGUCACGAGGCCGAAGCCGACGAUGAUAAACACGCGCUGUCAGCUUCGGAGCCGGCCGACGGCAACACCGGCAGCAGUGACGUACCCGCAGGAAGCAGUGUUGAGUGCACCGAAGAUGUGCGCCUUCAAGCGCAGUCUAGCUUGGACGGUGCUGACCGACACUGA